GUCAAAGUUCUCGGGUUGUUAAAAAACUGUACAUUGUCUUGCAAACGUCUUUGUUUUACUGAACUAAGAAGUCAUACUGUCAGACGAGAGAUCUGUUUCAAGUAGUAAAAUAUGGCUGACGCAGGCAAAGUGUUAGAGGAUAUCGACGGUUUUGACAAACAGAAAUUACGGCAUGUUGAGACUGAAGAGAAAGUCGUAUUGCCAAACAAAGAAGUUAUUGAGAAGGAGAAAACUGAGAAACAGCUGCUACAAGAGAUCGAAACACCACAUCCUUUGAAACGUACUUCAACAAAAGAAAAGAACCCUCUUCCUACCAAGGAAGACAUUGCUGCGGAAAAAGCUAUCCACUGAUCACUCAUAAAUGUUCAUUUCGCUCGUGUAAUCUGCGCCUUUCCCUAAUCAGAACGUUUUUAUUCCUUUCAGCUUUUUUAUUCGAAGCUUUGUGCAUUCUUAUAUUAAUUGCUGUAAUACUAUAAAUUUCUAUACUAAAAGAUCUGUCGUUUUGUUGAAAAUGUACUUGGCAAUUUCUACGGUUCACAACAAACGGUUUAGUAUUUCUUAUCUUGUUUAUAGACUUAGGACUUGUCAUUACAGACAUCUGAUCCCUAUAUAGGCAAUGUCAACCUUUAAAUUAACAAUUUCGUUUCAUUUCGUGGCAUUUUUACACCCGUUUGUACCAGCAUAAGUUAACUGGUGUUGUGUAUUCUAUGUGGAUUUCUGGGUGAUUGCCUAACUUCAUUCUAAUUGGAUUAAUUAGUUUUCACUAAUGAUUUUGUUACACUUGCUAAUCUUUGUUGAUCGUAUUUGGACUGUUUUAAGGGUUGUGUUUACCUUCGUGAUCAUUGAUAUGACCUAAACGUUACAUGGACCAAAGAAAUUAAUUCUAAGAAUUCCCUCCAGUUUUGUUGAACAUAAUAUGUGAUAUUCUGUUCUUUUUUGUUUGAAACUUUUUAAAUUUGAACAACUUGAAUAAAUACCGAUUGCCACCAGUAGAAAAUCUCGAUCGAUUCACUUUGAAUAAAGUUAACAAACCAGUUAGUUUAUAGUAUAACAAAUUAUACAAGUAUUUACUUUUUGUUCAAUGUACAAUUUGUUCUAUUUUAAUGUGAAAUAAUUUAUUCAUAUCAAAAUAAUAGUAACAAUUACAUGUGAUUUUUGUUUGUUUUUUCUUACAUAACAAAACUAUGUAAAUUUGAUACAUAUCAAUGCAUACUUACUAUCAGUAUAAUUUGUUAACGUAAAAAA